AUGGCAAAAGUUGAAUUCGGAGACUGCAGCUGGUUCAUGCCUCUUGUUGAACAAACGACAGUUAACAGCGUCCAUAGCAGACAAAGUUUUCUCACGGAGUCACACAAAACUUGCCUCGCAGAUCGAUAUUUCACCACCUGUUACUUUCCGGACGUUGGUGAUGAGGAAGGCAAUGAUCUCUGUGUAAUGCAGCACUCGAAUCGUGUCUGCGUAAUCGGACUAGCACCUGGCCAUCAUCUCUUCCGUGGUUGUUCCUCGGCCAAGUCAAGCAAGUCCACAGAGGCUGACGCUAGCGUUCCGUUUUCGCGCGAACACCAGGUUCUUGGUGUUGACUUUCAGCUUUCGCAAUCGUUCAACUUGCUGGACACCAAAAUAAGCGGUCGACGAAAGAGGGGUAGUCACCACCUCCAGCACCCCAGUCAGUGUAUUGGGUAUGCGGUCUGCGACCAAGGCGAGCGUCACCCCCUUGUGAGCGGCCUUCCUGGUCGUCUCUACGAGUCCAACUCCCGUCUAGCCCUCAACUCUACCAAUCGCAUCCCCCUUGCUCCCAUUGGACAUUCAGGAAAUAACCUUGCCUACCUCGCCGUAGUCAUGCCUCCUCGCGGACGCGCUGACGAGGUUGACAUCCGUUCGAAACGCCAGUCCGUUGCCCUCUCCGCUGACGAUAUUCUUGCCCGUGGGCUCACUUGGGAGGCGUACAAGUCGUUAAGGAAUUUGUAA